AAGUCCAGUUUUUCGCUCCGUAUCGUUCGGUCGCAUUUACUAUUUGCUCCGAUUGGUGCAACCGGUGCAAUUUUAGCCAGUGCUUCUCAAACUGUUCAUUAUCUAAGCUUAUAAGUUGUUAAUACCUGUCACAAUGGACACUCACAAUUGUGGUGCAUGUGGGGAGUUGUUAUCAGAAGGUCCUCACUGUACUGUAUGCAAUCAAGAACUAAAUUUUCACUGUGCUGGAAUAACUGAAGCUGGAUAUCGCAAGCUGGGAGAUAGGAAGUCUACCUGGCGAUGUGUCAAGUGUAAACAAACUCACUCUAUCCAGCCUCCUUUAUCACCAAAGGUCGAAUCCGAUGCACUAAUACUUAAGGAGAUAAGAGCUCUCUCUGAUAAACUGGCGCCAUUAGAAUGUCUUAAAGAUGAAGUCAUUGCCUUGAGAACUGAAUUUGCUGAUCUUAAAUCUUCACUAAAUAAUACUAACGUGGCGCUAAAAGAAUUUAAUAACAAAAUUAAGGACUUCGAACAGCGUCUAGUACAGAUCGAGAAAGUGCAAAAACAUGCUUACCUAAUUCAGACUCGGUUAGAAAAACUGGAGCAGGAGUCGAACUCUGCGGAGCAAUGGUCAAGAAUGAAUAAUGUUGAAAUAAAGGGAGUACCUCAGGCAACCGGUGAAAAUUUGUUUGAAAUCAUAUCCAAAAUUGGGUCUAAGAUACAAUAUCCGAUUACACAGACUCAGGUAAAUUUCGUUACAAGAGUACCAACCCGUGAGAAAGAGCAUAACAAACCGAUAAUAAUCUGUUUCUGCAAUCGAUAUGUGAAGGAAGAUUUUGUGGCGGCAGCCAGAUAUGCAUCGAAAACUAGUCAUCUCACAUCAGGCAACAUGGGAUUUGUGGGCAAUAAUAGGAUUUAUAUCAAUGACCACCUAACCAUGCACAAUAAGACCUUACUUUCUAAAACUAAAAAGGCAGCGGUUGAAAUGAAUUUUCGUUAUGUCUGGGUCAAGCAUGCCAAGAUACAUGUAAGAAAGACCGAUACGUCGCAUAUAAUUAUGGUGAAGUCAGAAAGAGACCUUACAAAAAUAGUGUGAUGUUAAACUUAUUAUCUCUUUGUUCUAUUACUACCAUUAUUCAUAAUUUGUUUUUGUAUUACUCGAAACUUGUAACAUUGCAGUUUGAGAUCCAUGCGCUGUCGCGGCGUGUUAACGUAUUCAUUUUGUUGUGCAAUUGCGUAUUAAUUUACAUUAUAAUUUAUAAACAUCUUACCAAUGUGGAUAAACUAUUUUUAAAUCUUAUUACAUAUAACUGGGUUCGCUUUUGGUCUAUUAAUUUACUAUCAAAUAUGAAAGACGUUUGUUUGUUGAUUUUCUGUACUAUAUAUACUAUUGAUUUUACUUAUUGGUCAUUGGUCGUGGUCGUAAGCAUUCGAGAAUCGCGUGUUGCAUAUUACGGCGCAUUGUUCUACGUUUAUGAAUUAUCUACCCGCUUUUAUAUAGCAUUUUUGUUCUUUGUUUUAAAUGUUCCUUUUAUUUUACUAUUUAAUUUACUUUUAUUGAAUUGCUGUAUUGUGAUAAGAUAUUUAGUCAUAGUUAAGCUCAAUCACGGAAUCGAUUAAAAUAUAUUACCAAAAUGUACGCGGUUUACGAACAAAAACACUUAACUUAUUUAGGAACGUAUGUUUAAAUUCGUAUGAUAUUAUUAUAUUCACCGAAACUUGGUUGGUCGAUAGUAUACAUAACAGUGAAUUAUUUGAUGACCGAUAUUUAGUAUGGAGGCGGGAUCGCAAUUAUUGUAGCACGUCACAAACGCGGGGGGGUGGUGUACUAAUUGCAGUGAGGAAUGAUCUUUCGGUAGUGGAGAGGGGUGACUGGCGUAGUUCAGCGGAAGAUAUUUGGGUCUCUAUUUUGCUAAAAAGAUCCAGGCCGCCAGUGACAUACAAUAUAAACAUUUGUGCGCUUUACCUGUGUAGAGAAAAUAUCGGUAACUCAUAUAAUACCCAAUUGCUAAAUUUCACACAAAAUAUUAAUACCAUAAUUCUGUCUAAUCCGUGCGACAAAUUCAUAAUCGUAGGUGAUUUCAAUUUUGGUAGUCAAGUAGAUUGGAAUGUUUGCAGUGAUAGUGGCGAGUUGUUACCAACCAAUCACUCCUGUCAAUAUAUUUCUGAUUUCCUUGAUUCUGUUAACACCUGUAGCUUAUCUCAGUAUAAUUGUAUACGUAACAUAAAUGGGAGACUACUUGACUUGGUUUUCUCUAAUGACCUUGUAGAUGUUAAGGAAUGCUAUGAACCAUUAGCAAUGCCCCCAGAUAUGCACCAUAAGCCUUUGGUUAUAAAGGCUGAUUUUGUUGAAUUACAUAAACUAGAUGAUAAAAAGAAAAACAAUUAUCUCUUUCACAAAGGUGAUUACGUGGCUAUUAGUUCAGCUCUUGACCAGGUAAACUGGUAUGAACUUUUGGGGAAUGACUCUCCAGACAAUGUGGUUACUCUCUUUUAUAAUAAAUUGUAUGAACUUAGGGAACAGUUUAUUCCCAUAAAAUCCACUAGACGCUCGUCACACCCUCCAUGGUAUAAUUCUGCGCUACUAAAGGUCUUAAAAGAAAAACACAAGUAUCAUCGUAAGUUUAAGUUAUAUGGUAAUUUAUCCGACUACCAAUCUUUUUCACUAUUACGUAAAAGGGCUAACCAGUUAGAGCGAGUCUGCUUUGAAUCCUAUAUUGAUAAAAUCGAAUCUUCCAUAACUAGUAACCCAAAAACUUUCUGGUCUUUUAUAAAAAGUAGGAAUAAUGCGUCUACUACUCCUAAUGUAAUGUAUUAUGAGGAAUCUUCUGAAAACACUGGUGAAGGUAUUAGUGACUUAUUCGCUAAAUAUUUUAGUACUACUUUCGUUGAACCAGAAUUGGAAACUUCUGAUUCUAAAUUAUUUCCCAUAACUGAUUACAGUAUUAAUAGUAUUAGCUCAAUACACGUCUCAGAUAAAGGUAUCUUGAAGCUAUUACAAGGCCUCGACAUCUCUAAAUCUGGUGGCCCCGACCAUAUACCACCAAUAUUUAUCAUAAAUUGUGCGAAAAGCUUAGUCAAACCCAUUAGUAUACUUUUUAAGCGGUCAUUAACAGAAGGAAUAGUUCCACAAGUUUGGAAAUCUGCCUUCAUAACACCGGUAUUUAAAAAAGGCGACAAGUCGAAUGUCGGAAAUUAUCGUCCCAUCUCGAAGUUAUGCUUGUUUUCUAAAGUUCUUGAAAGAAUCGUUUAUAAUGAAGUCUAUUAUGCAGUACAAAAUUAUUUGGGUGAUGAACAACAUGGGUUUCUUCGAAGACGUUCAACUACUUCUAAUCUCAUCACGGCUAAUGAGUACAUCACUAAAGGUAUGGAGCAGCGUGCACAGGUAGACGUAAUUUACACAGAUUACAGCAAGUGCUUUGAUCGUAUUAAUCAUCGUGUUCUUUUACAAAAGUUGUUAGCUUCGGGAAUACACGGUGACUUGUAUAGGUGGUUUUGUUCGUAUAUAGAGAAUCGGACGCAGGCUGUUGUUUUGCGUGGUUACAUGUCUGGUUGGUGCUCAAUCCCAUCUGGUGUUCCUCAGGGCUCAUUACUUGGCCCCCUAUUAUUCACAAUAUUUAUUGCCGAUAUUAAGUCAUGUUUUAAAAAUUCUCUCAUACUACUUUACGCCGAUGACAUGAAAAUUCUUAAAACUAUUCAUAAUCUAACAGAUGUUAAACAAUUUCAAGAAGACCUAAACAGGUUCUCUGAUUACUGUAAACUCAAUAAGCUUCAAUUGAAUAUCUCCAAAUGUUCUCAUAUAACAUUCACACGACAAAGAUCUAGUAUUGGGUUCGGUUAUACUCUUCAUAAUCAGACUAUCAGCAGGGUAAAUCAUAUUCAUGAUCUCGGCGUAAUACAUGAUAAUAAAUUCAUAUUUGACAAACACAUUGAAUAUAUUGUCAACAAAGCAUCCAAGGCUCUUGGUUUCAUUUUAAGAACUUCAUCCUGCUUCCGCUCUCUUAAAGCUGUUAAGAUUUUGUAUUGCUCAUAUGUGCGAAGCCAUUUAGAAUAUGCAUCUCAAGUAUGGAACCCACAGUAUAAGGUUUACAUAUCUCGUAUUGAAAGUAUACAAAAAAAAUUUCUGAGAUACCUCGACUUCAAGGCACAAAUAAAUUCAGCCAAUUAUCUAGAAAGAUGUAAGAGAUAUCAUUUUUUACCGUUGGAAUAUAGACGUAAAGUCAAUGAUAUUUGUUUCUUAGUUAAUAUUGUAAAUGGAUCUAUUGAUUCUUCUGAGCUACUUACUCACAUAAUGAUUCGAACCGAUUUAAUGAGAUUUAGACAGCGACCCCUGCUAUAUAUACCUCUUGCUUCAACGAAUUAUAGAAGAAAUUCCUUCUUUCUGCGUAGCGCAAUGGAAUUUAAUAAACUUUCAUCUGUAGUAGAUAUUGACCUAUUUUCUACUAGUUCUAAAUUUGUAAAAAAAGUGAUGAACAGAGAAUUUUUCACUCACAGCCGCGACUAGCAUGACUCAUGUUGCAACCUCUUUGGUCUCACGGAAAGUUGAACUAUGCGGUUUAUUUGUAAUUGUUUUUGCCUAUUUUUUGCUUAUGUUAUUUUUUUUUGUAAGUAGUUUAAGUAAUCCCUAGAGUAUUUUAAAUUUGUAUAAAGUCGGAUGAAAGUAAUGUGUGGAGGCUUGUAAUUAGCAAUUCUUAUCACCACUUUGUUACUACCGAAGAUAUUAGUCUGUAAGCCUUCCU